CUGAAACCAACAACUUGAACCUCCAAUGCACAAAAUGUACAAUGUAGAGGUCUCGUAGAGUGCCGAGAACCUACACGAUGAUAACCGAAGCUGAGGCCUACUGGGAACGGAUAUGCCGUACAGUACUAUGAAGCCUCAGCUCCAUCAUCCGUUUUCGAGAGUCCAAAGCCGAGCCUCGCUUGAGCCUCGGGAAAGAGAGCUUUGCACUUGGCAUGAGAGAGUUGAACUUCGUUGUAAGCGGUGCCAUGCAGUGAAAGCUCCCUUUGAUUCGGCCUUCAGUCAGCUCCGAGUCUUGGAAAAGAGAAAGGGCCCAGCCUGAGAUGCAGUGGGCAGCAUCCACCAGGCCGAAGUUUCCCAGAAAGCUCACAGACAGCUCCGUACCCACUUCCCCUCUGGCCGAGGAACACUGGUUCAUCAGUACCAAUCAAUGAAGGAGCUGCCUGGCUGCCUUCCAUGUACCCAAGACACGGUAUAUACCUUACGUUGGUUCAAGUUGCUUCUUCUUGCUUUCUGCUGCAGCACCACAAUACAUAUCUCAUACGCACAACCGUGUAAGCCGGAGACCAGGCUCCAUAUAUACUUAGGAAACCGAAACAAAGCCCAAAGAAAGACUACUCCGCGCUUCAAGACGCCGCGCGCCAUUUCAAAUCCCCCAUUCAACCCCAGCGAAGCAAACAGAAGCAAAACCGAAUCGAUAUCUAAGUGUCUACAUCGUCAACAAUGUCCGCCGAAACGCAAAGCCAAGGUCCAAGUGUUGGAACCCACCCAGAUGUGAUCAAGGUUAUCCGUCAACCGGGGUCUUUCGCCUCGUACUCAGUCUCCACGACGACCCUACCGCCAGGCGCCCUGAUGGCUCGCCUGACCAGUCCGCCGUUGACAUUCGCUCCAGUGAAGCGGUGGUCAUCGGUGCAGGUGUCAGAGAACCAAGACAUCGAACUCAACUGCGACUUCUUGUACGUCAACCACAGCUGCGAGCCGAGCGUGGAAUUCCAUGUGAUCCCCGAAGAGGACAAGCCUGUGAUUGAAGUCAGGGUGGCCAUGCGCCGAGACGAGAACGGCAACCCCAAGGGGAUCAAGCCAGGUGAUGAAUUGACCUUUUUCUACCCGAGCACAGAGUGGGUCAUGGACCAACCUUUUGAGUGUAAGUGCGGGACGAAGAGCUGCAAGGGCUGGAUCAGCGGGGCGCGGGAUAUGACGCCCGAUCAGUUACGGGGAUACUUUUUGAAUGCUCAUAUCGAGGACUUGAGGAGUAUUCCGAGACAGCAGGCACAAGGGAAGAAUUAAUGGAGGGACCAGCGGUAGGGAGCAGGACGGAGAAAGGGGUGUUGAGCACGGAUUGCAGGAUCUUCUGAUGAGACGAGCCACAGUCAAGCUGGAAGUCAAAGUUGCUGGAUGAAGUUGUGAUCAAAAGACGGGUACCAGUGUGCUAAGGAGAGGAAUCUCAGCACCUAGCCGGCAGCUGGACGCGAAGGUCGGUAUGUCCAGUCCUGCAGGGAAGAAAUGGACAACGUCCCCAUCACCAAGAAAGACAGACGUUGGUUAUGGGGGCAAGCAGUAUGAAGUCGAGGUAGAUGUCCAUAACCUAAAACCUGACCUCAUCCACGAUACACAUCUGCGCUCGAAUCGUGCUCAGGCGGAGGCUGUACAAACAUGUGCACCUUGAACCAGUAAACCAACACACACACGUAUGUUUCC